AUGCCCUCGGACAAUGAGGCGCGCGGGGACGAACCCCACAGGACGAGUCGCCGCCGGCGGGACGACGAACACUACUCCUCGAGCUCGAGACGGGACCGGAAAGAAGGCGGACGCAGAGACGGGGAGGACCGUCGUCGCGGGGAGCGAGAGCGGGACAAGGACGGCGCGAGGGCCGCGCGAACAGGGCGCGAAGACGCUGCGAUAGCGGGUACGGGGACGACAACGCUGGUGGAGCGGCGUAGGUCGCGCGAGAGGCGGAGAUCACGGUCUGCGGAGGCGCAGGAGGAGAGAAAAUCGCGGUCGCGGUCGCGGUCGCCGGGCAGGAAGGCGGCGGCGGCGCGGCGGGGCGACGAGGGCGGAGACAGGUCCCAUCGCGAGAAGCACAGGGACCGAGACCGAGACCGAGACCGCCAGGACAGAACCAGGGAGAAAGAAAACAGAAACAAGGACCCCAGCCCCGAGACAAGCGGCCGAGAUCCCGCUCCGCCCACAACGAAGACGAGGAAGAUCAUCAUCGCGCGCGGCGGCGCAAGAGCCCCUCCGACGCGGCGGGCCCCUCCCCUCGCAGAACCAAUCCUUUGCCCUCGCCCAGCCGGGCGCCGAACCCCGCCCCCGGAAAAGGAGAGACCCAACUACUUCCCCACGGGCCUGCUCGCCGCCGCCCGCCCGAGGCGCGGAAACCCCUCCCGCGAGGAUUGGAAACUCUUCGUGUUCAAGGGCCCGGACGUCGUGGAUCAGGUGGAUCUCGGGAUGCGCAGCUGCUGGCUCGUGGGCCGCGAGGCCGCCGUCGUGGACCUGCGCGCCGACCACCCUAGCCUGAGCAAGCAGCACUGCGUCGUCCAGUUCCGCUACGUCGAGUCCACCGACCAGUUUGGCGACCGUCGCGGCGCCGUCAAGCCCUACCUGCUCGACCUCGAGAGCGCCAACGGCACGUUUCUCAAUGGUGAAAAGUUGGAGGAGAGGCGGUAUACUGAGCUCAGGAGCAAGGAUGUCAUUCGGCUUGGCGACAGCACGAGGGAGUACGUGGUGAUGCUGGAUAAGAAGUAA